GUGCCUUCAAGAUCCAUGGUCAGGAGUUGCCGUUUGAGGCUGUGGUGCUCAACAAGACGUCGGGAGAAGGCCAGCUCCGUGCCUGGAGUCCCAUUGACUGUGAGGUCCAAAAAGAGUACACAUUCAUCAUCCAGGCCUACGACUGUGGAGUUGGGCCCCGGGAGACUGCCUGGAAAAAGUCACACAAAGCUGUGGUCCACAUACAGGUGAAGGACAUCAAUGAGUUUGCCCCCACCUUUAAGGAGCCAGCCUACAAGGCUGUGGUGACAGAGGGCAAGAUCUACGACAGUAUCCUGCAGGUGGAAGCAGUAGAUGAGGACUGCUCCCCACAGUAACAGCCAGAUCUGCAGCUAUGAAAUCGUCACGACCCGACGUGCCUUUUGCCAUAGACAGAAAUGGCAACAUCAGAAAUACAGAGAAGCUGAGCUAUGACAAGCAACGGCAGUAUGAGAUCCUGGUGACAGCCUAUGACUGUGGGCAGAAGCCAGCGGCUCAGGACACACUGGUGCAGGUGGACGUGAAGCCGGUGUGCAAGCCUGGCUGGCAAGACUGGACCAAAAGAAUUGAGUAUCAGCCUGGCUCGGGGAGUGUGCCCCUGUUUCCCAACAUUCAUCUGGAGACGUGUGAUGGGGCUGUGUCCUACAUUCAGAUCACCACUGAGCUGCAGACCAAUUACAUUGGCAAGGGCUGUGACAGGGAGACCUACUCUGAAAAGUCUCUACAAAAGUUAUGUGGUGCAUCCUCUGGCAUCAUUGACCUCUUGCCAUCCCCCAGUGCUGCCACCAACUGGACUGCAGGGCUACUGGUGGACAGCAGUGAGAUGAUCUUCAGGUUUGAUGGCCACCAGGGAGCCAAGAUCCCAGACGGGAUUGUGCCCAAGAACCUGACGGACCAGUUCACCAUCACUAUGUGGAUGAAGCAUGGCCCCAGCCCAGGCGUGAGAGCUGAGAAGGAGACCAUCCUCUGCAACUCGGAUAAAACAGAGAUGAACCGGCACCACUAUGCCCUGUACGUGCACAACUGUCGCCUUGUUUUCCUGCUGCGCAAGGACUUUGACCAGGCUGAUACCUUCCGCCCUGCUGAGUUCCACUGGAAGCUGGACCAGAUUUGUGACAAAGAGUGGCAUUACUAUGUCAUCAAUGUGGAGUUUCCUGUUGUUACCUUAUACAUGGAUGGAGCAACAUAUGAACCGUACCUGGUGACCAAUGAUUGGCCCAUUCAUCCAUCCCACAUCGCCAUGCAGCUUACAGUCGGUGCUUGUUGGCAAGGGGGAGAAGUCACCAAGCCCAGGUUUGCUCAGUUCUUUCAUGGAAGCCUGGCCAGCCUCACCAUCCGGCCUGGGAAAAUGGAGAACCAGAGAGUGAUCUCCUGCCUGCAGGCCUGCAAGGAAGGGCUGGACAUUAACUCUCUAGAGAGCCUUGGCCAAAGAAUUAAGUACCACUUUAACCCCUCGCAGUCUGUCCUGGUGAUGGAAGGUGAAGACAUCGGGAGCAUCAACCAUGCCCUCCAGAAGGUCUCCUACAUCAACUCCAGGCAGUUCCCCACAGCAGGGGUGCGGCGCCUGAAAGUCUCCUCCAAAGUGCAGUGCUUCGGGGAAGAUGUGUGCAUCAGCAUCCCUGAUGUGGAUGCCUUCGUGAUGGUGUUGCAGGCCAUGGAACCCCAGAUCACCCUCCGGGGCACUGAGCAUCUCUGGAGACCCAGAGACCAGUUUGAAAGUACCAGAGGGGUAGUUCUCUUCCCUGACCUCAAGAUUGUCAGCACCUUGGCAAGAGCUGAGGGCCUGGGUGACUUGGAGCAGACCACAGCCCCCAAAUCACCCUUUUUAGAAGAAAUGCUUCACAACCUAGACUUCUGUGACAUUCUGGUUCUUGGAGGGGAUUUGGACCCCAAACAGGAAUGCCUGGAGCUCAACCACAGUGAACUCCACCAACGACACCUGGACGCCACCAACUCCAGUGCUGGCUACUCCAUCUAUGGUGUGGGCUCCAUGAGCUCCUAUGAGCAGGUGCUGCACCAUAUCCGUUAUCGUCACUGGCGUCCAGCAUCCCUGGAGACCCGAAAGUUCCGAAUCAAGUGCUCGGAACUCAAUGGACGCUACACCAGCAAUGAGUUCAACUUGGAGGUCAGCAUGCUACACGAGGCCCGAGCGGUGGAGCAGGAGCACGUCAACCACUUGAUUGUGCAACCACCCUUCCUGCAGUCUGUCCACCAUCCUGAAACCCAGAUCAGCAUCCGACGUGGGUCAGUGAUCCCUAGCAUUGCCACAGUGGUCAUCAUCAUCUCUGUGUGUAUGCUGGUAUUCCUCGUGGCUAUGGGCAUGUACCGCGUCCGUAUUGCCCACCAGCACUUUGUCCAGGAGAAUGAGGCAGCCAAGGAAGCCGAGAUGGACUGGGAUGACUCAGCGCUCACCAUCACCAUCAACCCCAUGGAGAAGCACCAGGAGCCAGUGCGAGGGGAAGAGGAGACAGAGGAUGAAGAGGAGGAGGAGGAAGACCUGAGCUCCAGCAGCAGCAGCGACUCCUAUGACAGCGAAGAGGAGGUGGAGAAGGCCAGGCUGGGUAGAGGCAGGGGCAGGCAGAGCCCGGCCAGGCAAGCCCAGCUUGAGUGGGAUGACUCCACCCUCCCCUACUAGCUCAGCUGCCGCCCCGCCCUAUCCCUUUUGUAUGCCCACCCCCUCGUCUGCCUGAGCCUAUCACAUGUCGCCUCUAAUUUCUCAUAGUGGGUGGGGCAGGCCUCCUUGGUACCGUACUUUCAACCUUGGUCUCUUGGUCCUAAGGUGGUUCCAGAGCCAGCAUCAUCCAUCCCCCUGGGCAUUCCCUGGAGGAGGACUUUGUCCUGUAGUCCCCAUGGCUCCUGCCUUGGGCUCACCCCAUGUAGACCUGUGCCUUGGCUCUCCCCGUGGAGGACAAGCUCAGUCUCUCUGUUGCUCCCCUUCCCCGGCCUCCUACCACCUUCACUCCCUGUUGGGUGUUCCCAGAACCUUCGGGUUCCAACUCACUGUGCGUACUUCCUCCCAACCCCAUGACCUCUCUCCAUCAGACCAACAGGUUCCCAGGUUCCCCUCUCUGGCAGUCCUAUAGGUAGGGCAUAUGGGUAGGGCAUUGGGACUUAACACCCUGAGAUCUAAGCCUGUAGGGCUGGAAAGGCAAGUUUUGGGGAAAGCCUAAUGUUUGCAGGAAAAAAAUUCUUGGACUGACCAGACAGAGCAUGCGCAUGCCUUGAACCAACUGA